GAACGAUACAACUAGGGUGUGAUAACACAGGAGAUGGCAGGAAAAGCCAAAGCACGAUCGAUUAUCGUCCGCUUGAUUUCCACUGCGCAAACGGGUUUCUUCUACACCACGCAGCGCCUAAGGCAGGGUCCGAAGCUCGCUGCCGUCAAAUAUGAUCCCAAAGUCAAAGCUCGUGUACUCUUCGUCGAGAGUAAAAAGACAAAGAAAUAGCGAGAUGGUUGUUCCAGAUUUUCAGUUUCUUGAUAGCAUCAGGAGAUUCACGUCGACUCUUGUUGAAACUGGGUAGUGCUCGACACACACUCCACAGUCGUGACAACAUGCUAUCUGGCGCGCUCUCAUACACGUUCAAUAUAGGUGGUGUAGGAGCCAUAAUUCUGUUCAUAAGGGACUUAACUAGAGGUGCAUCUGAACUACACAUGACA